UAUGCCACAGAAUGAGAGGCCAGUUCAGAAGGAAUCUCCUCUCCUCCAGUGGAUUGGAGACACAGCUGUGUCCUUAACUCCAGAGGCCCAUCAGCCCAGAGUGAGGAGAACAUCCACACGGCAAAACAAUGUUGAGGAUCUCAUGAAACUUGCCAAGCAGUUUGACAUCAACAUGAUCCAACAAGGAAAAGAGAAAGGACUUGAGAUGUGCCAGGGGAGCUCAGAGAACCACGCAGACGGUGAGCACAGGCCUGCAGACUGGCCAGAGAACACAUCUUCGGACCAGCAUCUGGAGACGGAGCUGAACUCUCUGUUCAGUGGUCCAACCCAGCCACUCAGUGGGAGACUGAGUCCUCCAUCUACCACAUCCUCCCAGGGUAGCAAGCCCGAGCCCGUGGCUCUGAGUGGAAAAAGAUCAGAUUUGGGUCUGAACAGGAACAUCCCUGCCUCUGUUCUGAACGGAGCAGAAGCUAAAGAGCCAGUGAAAAGUAUGACUUCUAAAACAGACUUCGAUGAGGACUGGGAAAAUGACGAUCUGCUCAAUGACUCCUUUGUUUUGGAGAUGACCCAAAACCCGAUGCCUUUGAUUGUUACCCCAGCACUGGACACUGCACAAAUGGUUCCUCAGUCUAAGAAAUGUGACUCUGUAGCCAAGCGCAGUCCGCUUGCAUCCGCCCGUAAGGCAGCAAGUACCCAAUCACUACACAGUAGCGAAAGUAACUACAACAACAUCUCCACAAACCAAAAGACCAAGAACCAAAGCACUCUCUUAGCACAACCAAACCUUCCUUUACAGAGUAAAACAGUUUCCACCCAAGUUCUUUCAAGGAGAGGCCUUAACACAGAGAGAGCCAAGUCUGAGGAAAGCUCACACAUGCAUAAAACACAGCGUGGGGUUUUUGUGACUGAAGUCUCCAGUGAGGAGGAGAAGAAGACUAAACAGAGCAGUGGGUCAGAGGAGGCCAGACCUGCUCCAGAUGGCCCCACAGAUUUCCCAAAGGACGGCCUGUUUGAUUCAGACGCUCUGUGGGACGAUGGGGAAGAUGAUCUUUUCUAUAAAGUAUGUGAUGAUGUGGAGAGAAUCUCAGCCAGUCAAGAACAGCAGAAGGACAGCAAUGAGUCCCACGAACAAACACACAGUGGAGCACAGCAUCGUCCAUCCAAAACAUCACCCACAGACAGAAUUAAGAUUCAGGUAAACACUUCUAAUGUAUGUAGCAAGCCAGCACAGCAAGCAGGAGGUGCCAGGCAGCCUUUAUCUGUGCUCUCUCGCUCCAUUUCCAUGCCUGAGAGCAGCAGUGGUCCUGAAAACAAUCAGGACCGCAGUUCUGUUUCGGCCAGUCACACUGCUGUGAUUAAUGAUGGCAGACAACACCGACCUGAACAGCUGAAAAAUGCUGCCGGACCAGGGGCUGCCACACCUGAACCCACAGAGAGCCUACAGAUACCUGAGUCACGUCAGAAACCCAUAGGAAAGCCACACAGCUCCCACCUUUCCACAUUCAAAAGACACCUGUCUGACCCACUGGCCCUGACCAACAAAGUUUUUGUACCGGAGCAUAGGACGGGGAGAUGUUCUGCAGCUGAAAUUGAGAGGAAGAAACAGGAGGCGAUAGCGAGGAGGAGAUCACGAAUGGGAGCAACACAGAAUCCGGGAGCACCAUGACAGACGACUGUACACGUCUUGUCUUGGUUAGGAUGAGUUAGCUCUGCUUUGAGUUAGCUGUGCGAUAAACUACUCUCACACUGCUGUUAUCAGACACA